ACCUUGCCCUCCGAUGGAAACCCAGGCGAACCGGGGUCAGGGGCCUCGGGGCUUGCGCGUGCAGCCGCCACGAACCGUCUCCUUGCAUCUGACGGUGGGCAGUGGGGGCUGACCCUCUCCUUCACCUGUCAGCGCAGGCCAGGGGAGGAGGGACCUGGGCGGAGCCCCGGGGGGGGGACCAGCGGGAGGUGACAUCAUCUCACAGAUACAAUCCUGCGCUGCCCACUUGUGUCCACCCUCGCGGCAGAGAGAUGUGGGAGAGGGUGUCCAGGUUUUGUCUGGACAGGUACCAGGGACGAGGAGGGCACGGACUGAGCUGGGCCUCUUCCCCACCUCCCAGACCACAGUGCAGGACCCUCAGGGAGCCCAGUGGAGGCGCCCUCCCGAGGCACUACUCCCAUGCUGACCACCCAGCCCUGCGGCUGCCGAUGUCAUGAGUAACACCACAGUGCCCAAUGCCCCCCAGGCCAACAGCGACUCCAUGGUGGGCUAUGUGUUGGGGCCUUUCUUCCUCAUCACCCUGGUCGGGGUGGUGGUGGCUGUGGUAAUGUAUGUCCAGAAGAAAAAGCGGGUGGACCGGCUUCGCCAUCACCUGCUCCCCAUGUACAGCUAUGACCCUGCUGAGGAACUCCACGAAGCUGAGCAGGAGCUCCUCUCUGACGUGGGCGACCCCAAGGUGGUACCCGGCUGGCAGAGCGGCUACCAGCACAAGCGGAUGCCCUUGCUGGACGUCAAGACAUGACAACACCCUGCCCCGGCCCUGAUUUUCAGACCGUAGGGCCCUGGAGCGCCCAGCUGCUGCCCCUCCCAGGAGCCCCGGCUUCCCAGCUGGGUACUGGGUCUCAGGUCCUCCCACCCAUCCUAUCCGCAGCGGCGCCCUUAAUCUUUGCCUAGCAGCCAGCCCCCCAUCACCUCAUUCCCACCCCACUUCAGUCCCCAUGGGCUGAGCUUGCCACCCACCCCCAGGCACUAAGGAGGCUCAUCUGGAGGCAGUUUGGCCCUUUCCGUGGGCACCACCUUCCUCUAGCUCUCCCCGACUUGGCUUUGGAGUUGUUUCCAUGGUGACAGGGCCGAUGUACAGCGUUCUGUAUGUAUAUUUUGUAAAUAAAUUGUUUUGUGGCUAGAGGUGUGGCUGA